UUUAGUGUUCAGUUAUCCUGCAGUCAACAGCCAGACGUGAGGCAGAACAAACCUCUGUUCGGACAUCAGUCUGCAUACAUUUCUGCACUCUGAGCGGCUGCGAAGCUUCGGCAACCUUUCCAGACCACCUACUCAAAGUACGUCCUUCCUUAUUUUCAGGAUCUAAAAGAGUACGCCGUGGUAAGAUAAAAGACAGCAUUUGCAGAGGAAAUAUUCUGUUCUUUGGUGAUUGGAUGGGAAAAAUCUUUGACCUUGGAAACUGAAGAUGUUGUUGCCAUGGAAACUGCUAAUACUUCUGUCAUUCAAGGAGUGCCUUGCAGAGAGAAACAUAUUACAUGGACCAGUCUUCACACAAGAACCAAGUGAUAUAAUGUUUCCUUUGAAUUCAGAGGAUAGUAAGAUAUUUAUAAAUUGUAAAGCUAAAGGAAAUCCAAUACCAACUUAUAGAUGGAAGUUUAAUGGACAAGACAUUGAAACAGACAUGGACUAUAGCUAUCACUUGGUUGAAGGUAACUUGCUGAUAAACACCCCAGAUGCAAGCAGACAUGGAGGAAUCUACCAGUGUAUAGCAACUAACACCUUUGGAACCAUUGUUAGCAGAGAAGCAAAGGUGCAAUUUGCAUACCUUGAAAAUUUCAACAGCAAACAAAGGAGUGCAGUGUCAGUGCGGGAAGGACAAGCUGUGGUGUUGCUCUGCGGACCACCACCACACUCAGGAGAGCUCACGUAUUCCUGGGUUUUCAAUGAAGCUUUCAACUUUGUACAGCAGGACAACCGUCGCUUCAUUUCACAAAAGACAGGGAACUUGUACAUAGCAAAAGUAGAAGCAUCAGAUGUUGGGAAUUACACCUGUGUGGUGAGGAAUGUUAUAACCAAUGCCACAGUGUUCAGUUCUCCAACUCCUGUAGUAUUACGUACAGAUGCUGUGAUGGGAGAGUAUGAGCCAAAAAUAGAAGUGCAGUUCUCAGACACAGUUUCUGUUGCUAAAGGAUCCUCGGUAAAGUUGGAAUGCUUCGCCCUGGGAAACCCAGUUCCUGUCAUAACAUGGAGAAGAGCAGAUGGUAAUCCUUUUCCUGGCAAGGUCAAAAUAAACAGCUCCAAUGGAGUCCUUGAAAUCCCAUAUUUCCGACCAGAAGAUGCUGGGAUAUAUGAAUGUAUUGCUGAGAACUCAAGAGGAAGAAAUGUUGCAAAAGGAAGGCUGAUUUUCUAUGAUGUUGAACAUCUUCACUGGGUCCAAACAUUAAAAGAUUCAUACAUGUCCAUUGAAGAUGAUCUCUAUUGGGAGUGCAAAGCCAGUGGGAAACCAAAACCUACAUAUAGGUGGCUGAAAAAUGGAGAACUUUUGGUUCUUGAGGACAGAAUUCAGAUAGAAAAUGGUAGACUAACCAUUACAAAUCUCAGCCUGAUGGAUUCUGGGAUGUAUCAGUGUUUGGCAGAAAACAGACACGGAAUCAUUUAUGCUAGUGCUGAGCUCAAGGUUGUCGCAUCACCACCAGAUUUUUCCAAAAGUCCAGUGAGGAAAACCACAAUGAUUCAAAAAGGAGGUGAAGUUACCAUUGAAUGCCGACCAAAAGCUUCUCCAAGGGCUACCUUCUCAUGGAAGAAGGGCGGUGAAAUUCUUCAAGAAAGUAAGAGGGUGGCUGUGUUAGAGGAUGGAAGCCUGAGAAUCACCAAUGUUACGAAAUCUGAUGGUGGAAGAUACACAUGUAUUGCCAGAAACCCAUUUGGAACUUCGAGCAGCACAGGAAGUUUGGUGGUUAAAGAGCCUACAAAGAUCAUUAUUCCACCUUUAAGUGUUGAUGCUACAGUUGGGGAAAGCAUAGUCCUUCCAUGUGAAGUAUCAAAAGACUCAACCCUAGAUCCCACCUUCAAAUGGUUUUUCAAUGGGAAGCUGAUUGAUUUUAACAGACAAGACCAUUUUGAAAAAAUCGGAGGAGGUUCUUCUGGUGACUUGAUGAUCAGGAAUAUUCAACUGAAGCAUGCAGGAAAAUAUGUCUGCAUGGUCCAUACAGUUGUUGACAGUGUAUCAGCGGCAGCUGACUUGAUUGUGAGAGGGCCCCCAGGUCCUCCAGAGGAUCUGAUUGUUGAAGAGAUUACUGACACAACAGCUCAGCUUUCCUGGGGACCAGUUCCUGAAUACAUACCUGGAAAGACACUGAGAACCACCGUGGUAGAUCUAAACCCGUGGGUGGAUUAUGAAUUUCGGGUGGUUGCAAGCAACAGUGUUGGGGUUGGAGAGCCAAGUGCUCCAUCAAAGCAGUUCAGGACAAAAGCAGGAGUUCCAGAAAUUGCUCCUGCUAAUGUCAGUGGAGGUGGUGGAAGCCGAUCAGAACUUGUAAUUGUAUGGGAGCCUAUUCCAGAAGAGCUACAGAAUGGAGAAGGGUUUGGAUAUGUUGUUGCUUUCCGACCUCUUUACACAACCACAUGGAUGCAGACAGUAGUAGCUGUACCUGAUGCCUCCAGAUAUGUCUUCAAGAAUGAAAGCAUCCCACCACUUUCGCCAUUUGAAGUCAAAGUUGGUGUCUAUAAUAACAUUGGUGAAGGACCAUUCAGUCAUGUAUUCACAGUUUAUUCUGCAGAAGACGAACCUAAUGCGGCACCCUCAAGAGUGUCUGCUAGAAGUCUGUCAGCUUCCGAAAUUGAAGUGUAUUGGGAUCCUGUGCCUUGGAAGACCAGUGCUGGAAGAAUUCUGGGUUAUGAGGUGCUCUUCUGGGAAAUUGGUGUAAUGGAAAAGGAUGCUGAGAAAAUCAGGGUGACAGACAUAUCUGCAAAUAUUACAGGCCUGAAGGGGAGCACAACAUAUUCAAUAGAGGUCAAGGCAUAUAACAGUGCUGGAACUGGCCCUUCAAGUGCACCAGUAAAUGUCACCACCAAAAAGCCACCUCCAAGUCAACCGCCUGGGAAUAUUGAAUGGAACUUGACAAAUUCAAAGAUCUUUUUGAAUUGGGAGCAUGUGAAGGCAAUGGAAAAUGAGUCAGAGGUGAUUGGAUACAAGGUUGUGUAUCGUCAGAACUGGCACAGCAGGACAAAUGUUGUAGAGACUAAUAAAACAUCAGUGGAGCUGCAGCUUCCAUCAGGAGAAGACUACCUCAUAGAGAUAAAAACAUUCAGUGAUGGAGGAGAUGGCAGUAGCAGUGGGCCAAUCAGGAUUCCAAAGAUGUCAAGUAAGAGAUUACCUUUUAUUUUAAAAAGUCACUAA